ACAUACAUACAUACAUACAUACACGCACGCACACAAAAAAAACAGGGAGACAACAGAAUCCAAUGAACAAUUAUUUGAAUGAAAUAAAAUAUUGAAUAUAAUUAAAUUUCACUUGAAUCUAUCGAUGAAUAUUUUAUCAGUGUUCACUUGAUUUGUGUUGUUACUAAGGAGACAAUGAAUUAAGUCAUUAACUCAUGGAAUUAAAUAUGACAACUCCUAAAAUGUAUACUGAUAUGAAUAUAGGGAAUCAAACAAUGAAUAAUAAUAAUAAUAAUAAUACUACAAAUGUUACAUCAUUACUUGUUCGUGAACGUUUAAAAAAUUGUGUAUUAAAUAAACGUAAAAGUAAAGAACAAGGAAUUCAUUCAAAUGAGACAAUAUUGUUGAAUAUGGGUAUUAGUCAACAACAACAACAACCACAAACACAACCACCCCCACCACCACAGCAGCAACAACAACAACAAGGUGAUCAUAUCCUUGAUAAAGAUUUAAUACAAAUGAAUCAAGAACAAUCUGUUAGUAAUAAUUGUUUAAUCAAUGAUCAUUUGAAUGGUAAAUCUAUACCACUUAGUAACCAAAACAGUACUCAUAGUAACAAUAAUAAUAAUAAUAAUAAUAAUAAUAGUAAUAAUACUAAUGAUAGUAGUUGUAUUACACCAUUAACAAUAGAUGUUGAAAAUCUUUCAUCCCAUAAUCAAACAAUCACUAUGACAUCUUUACCAAUCAAUAUGAAGAAAUCUAAUAUAUUACAUCAUCAAAUGCAACAUUCUUAUUCAAAUCAUGAAACGGAUAUACAUUAUAUGGAUUUUCAAAAUUUACAUACAUCUGACAUGGAAACAAGUAAUUGUGAAAAACAUAUUGAACAACAUGAUCAUUCUAGUCAUGAUCAUGAUCAUGAUCAUCAUCAACAUCGUCAACAACCUAAUAAAUUAAUUGAUGAAAAUCUACGUAAAACAGUAUCAGAGCCAAGUUUAAAAAUGCGUAGUGGUUCUGGUGGUGUACAAAAAUCACGUUAUAAACCAGAUCGUCGUCAUUAUUACCAUCAUCAUCAUAUUGGAAUGAAUACAGCAGCAGCAGCUGUAGCUGCAGCUGCAAUGACUGUAUCUAAUGAUCCAUUAGCAAUGAUUGGAUUAUGGCCACAAUUAACAUCAGCAUUUCAACAUACAAAUUUAAUACAAAAAACAAUGAAUAAAAAACCAUCACAAGAUCUAAAUAAUAAUAAUAGUCAUAUAUCAUCAAUAGAUUCUGAUGAACGAUUAACAAAAUCCGAUAGGAAAUCUUUAACACAAUCUAUAUCACUUAGAUCAAAUACUACUAUACAAGAUGUCAUUUUAACCGAGUUUAUAAAACAAAAUCAAUUAAUCAAUAAUCAGGAAUCAUUAGAAACUAUGAAUACAUGUUGUACUAAUUCACAAGCAAUGGAUUCAUCUCAUUCAUCAUUUGGUACUACAACUCUUAAUCCAUCGAUAUUGAAUUCAACAAUGAUGAAUGGAUUUUGUGCAAGUUUACCAAAUUUAACAGCACAAUAUCAUCGUACAUCAUCAUCAUCCUCAUCAUCAUUACAAACAAAUCAUAACAAUAAUAAUAAUAAUAAUAUAAAUAAUAAUAAUAAUAAAACAACGAAUACAACAAUACCGACAAAUACAUCUACACCGACUACACAUCAUGUAACUCAAUCAAUUUUUGAUUAUAAUGAAUUCAAUCAAAUUGAUACAACAAUGUCUGAUCUAAUCAAUGAUCAUCAAUCUAAUCCAAUUACACAAAUCAAUAAAUCAUUUUAUCAUCAUUUAUUACCAUAUUAUCGAUAUCAAUCAAUUGGUUUAAUUAGUCGAACUAGAUCAGCACCAUUAAGUUUAGCUACUAAUUCGAAUAUAACAAAUUAUCGAUCUAUACAAUUACAAAAUUUAAAUCAUGUACAUAAUUUAACUAAUUCAAUGAAUAAAUCAAUAUCUGUGACAUCAGCAGCGAAUUUAUUAGCUAUGGAAGCGGCUACAAUUAAUUAUGGGAAUCAACAAUCAAAUCAAUCAAUCAGAGAACAUAAUCAAUUCAAUGGAAUCAAUAAUAACAGUAAUAAUAACAGUAAUAAUAAUUUACAAUCAACUAUAGAUAAUGAAUUAUCAUCAAGAAGUAAAGUUGUUUUACAAUUACGUAAGAAAAUUCUAGAAAGAUCUGAAUUUUUAACAUCAGAUCGUUCAGGUGUAAACAUUUUGGAUGGUUCUAAUUCACCAAUUUCUCGAAUAAAUCAAACAACUGGAUGUGGUAAUCCAUUAUUAGAGAGAACAGCUUCAAGUCCUGUAGUUAAUAUGGCUCCAACAAUACGAUCAGAAACUGUACCUGAAGCAACAUUCACUACAGUAUUAGCAUAUGACUUGGGAAUGCUUGCUCAUCAUUGUACAUGUCAAACUGAUGCAAAUCAUCCUGAAAAUCCUCAACGAUUAAUUUCUAUUUGGCAAAGACUUCAACAAACUGGUUUGGCGGCACAGUGUCAUCAUCAACCUGGCAGACGAGCAUCUUUGAUUGAAUUGCAAUUAGUUCACAAAGAUGUGUACACAGUUUUAUUUGGCAGUAAUCCAGCAAGCAGAUGUCGGAUUGAUCCAACUCUUUUAGCCACAGUACGUUUAUGUAGGCUAGCCUGUGGCGGAGUUGGUGUAGAUUCUGAUACAGCUUGGCAUACUGCUGGACAUACAGCUCAUGCAGCGAGACUGGCAGCUGGUUGUGUUGUUGAUUUGGCAUGUCGUGUAAUGCUUGGUCAAUGUCCCAAUGGUUUUGCUUUAGUAAGACCACCCGGACACCAUGCAGAACCAGGUCAAGCUAUGGGAUUUUGUUAUUUCAACUCAGUGGCAAUUGCUGCUAAACGAGCUCAAUUCCUUGGUUCAACAGCACUAGAUACUGAAAGAAGCUCUGUAAUUUCUUCUUUAGCAACCACCUUGUUUGAUCAAUCAACUUUUCUCCCAUACACUAUGGAAUCCGCACUCAAACCACGAAUUUUAAUAGUAGACUGGGAUAUUCAUCAUGGAAACGGAACUCAAACAGUAUUUUACACAGAUCCAACUGUAUUGUACAUAUCACUUCACAGACAUGAUGAAGGGGGAUUUUUCCCCGGUACUGGAUCACCUGAAGAGAUAGGCUCUGGUCCUGGUGAGGGAUUUACCAUUAAUAUUGCUUGGCCAUCAGGAAUAGUUAUGUCUGAUGCCGAGUAUUUAGCAGCAUUUCGUUUGAUUAUUCUACCCGUCGCCUGUGAAUUUCAACCUAGUCUUGUUUUAAUUUCCGCUGGUUUCGACGCCGCUCCCGGUCAUUCAGCUAAUCUCGGUGGUUAUUCAGUAAGUCCAGCUGCUUUUGGUUGGAUGACACGUCUAUUAUCAAUUGAUCGUAUUGCUAAUUCCAAAGUAGUGUUAUCCCUAGAAGGUGGUUAUGAUAUGAACAGUCUUUGUGAUUGUACCGAAGCUUGUGUACGAGCAUUACUUAGAUCAGCAGCUGAAAUAAAUGAAAGAAAUUCAAUACCUAUCAAUGUUCCAGAUUUAAUUCCUUUAAAACAAUCCGAAUUAGAUCGAGUCCCACAUCCUUUAGCAAUACAAACUUUAUUAAAAGUUGCACAAUUACAUUCUGUCUAUUGGACAAGUUUUUCUAAUGAAAUCGAUACACAAUAUGCAUCUAUGCCAGCUAGUAGUUGGUUACCAACACUAUUUGAUCAUUCAAUUGAAAUUAAAAAUAUGAAUUUAACAAAUGAGCAGAUUUCAGUAGUAUCUACAAAUGAUACAACAAUAAAUGUGAAUAAACGUUAUUUAAAAUCUUUUAUUAAACAAACACCAUUCACUAAUGAAUUGAAUGAAAUUACAUCUGGAAAUAAUACAGAACAUAAUAAUCGAUAUUUCAAUUUUGUUAUGCGACAAGCAUCAUCAAUGGAUGAAACAAAUGAAAGUGAAAUGAAAUCAAAUUCUAUCAUAAGAAGAAGAAGAAGAUCAACCACUGGUAUUACAGGAUCUAAUAUUAAUUCUAUAUCAUCAAUAGGAGAUACAAAUGAAACUAUAACACGUAUUGCAUUAACACGUUUAGCUGAAUUACAUGUCACUUCACAACCUGAAUAA